UGUAGGUGGAGUCAAGAAAACAUUUGGUGUUCCGCUGCGCUUCUCGGCAUGUCCGAUCUUAAAAUCAGCCGCACCGGACAGCAAGCGCACAGAUCCCGACGCCUCCGAGACGAGUCACGGGUGUGAGUCUGACCUCUGAAACGCAAGCCUACAGCCCGUAUGAAUGCUCCGUAGUGUACAAGAUAGCUAAGAGAUCCCAGAAAAGACCGACUGGGAGGCAACCUUGUGGUGGUGCACCAAAUGAAGACAUGCAUAAGAAGGGAUGAAGUCAUCUCCUGCGUUUUAUGGCCAGCAAAGAUCAUCAAUGAAUGCAGUGAUCGAUCAAUCCACCAAUAAAGAGGCCUCGAUGUUGGCGAACUGUCUGGUGGAAUCGGUGUCGCCCGUAUGCGCAGAAUGUCGUGGGAGAGGUGUGGAAAGCGGCAGGUUGUGAUCUGUUAAUACAGACAGUCCUAUUGAUUAUACAGCUCAGCUACUUUGCCCAGUUAUUAUUGCCCACCGGACCAUUGGCAUUAGGCUAUGGGCUCACCAUUCAUUUGACGAGUAAAUUACAUUGGCGUCUCUCGCGCGUAUCAAGCUCGUGGACCCUCCGCCAUCCUCACGCGGAGCGCUUCGGUUAAUGGAAAUACACCCGAACUGAAAUACGGUGCGAUGUGUUCGUUUUGGAAAUUUAAUAAGGUGCGCAAUAAAACACCGCGUGAGGUAGAGUGCCGUGGAGCAUCGGACAGGGUCGUAAUCCGCGCCGUGGCCUGUGUGUGAAACGCGCCGGAGAAUGGAGAAGUUCCUGCAGAUAGCGCCCCAUUCCCUGGCCAUAGUGCUGUCACGGGUCAGCACCGAUGAAUCACCCGCGGUCACGGAGAAGCUUCAGCAUCAUCACACCGGCUAUGAGAUAUUCGCCGACUUCAAAGCUGAGAACAUGCAGCACUUCUGGAAUAAGAAAGUCACGGACGCCAUAUCGGACACGUUCUUUUUGGGCUGGAUAGACGAACAUGUUCUGCUCAUUCAAGGCAAGGAGGACCAUUUGGAGGUCCUGAGGGAAGGAUGGACACGGAGGGCCCUAAAACCACCACGGGGCUUCGAAAUCAAGUGCAUAGGUGAUGUAUCUCCGAUCAGUAUGUCACCUAUCAGCCAGUCUCAGUUCAUCCCUCUGGGAGAGAUUCUGUGUCUGGCAAUCUCAGCCAUGAACUCUGCCCGCAAGCCUGUCACACAAGAAGCGCUGAUGGAGCACCUUGCCACCUGUUUCCCAGGUGUACCCACUCCGAGUCCAGAGAUCCUACGGCACACGCUGAACAUGUUGGUACGGGAGAGGAAGAUCUACCCCACGCCAGAAGGUUACUUCAUUGUUACUCCACAGACCUACUUCAUCACCCCCUCCCUCAUCCGCACCAAUAGCAAGUGGUACCACCUGGACGAGAGGCAUCCAGAACGACAGCAACAGCAACCACAACAGCUUCAACAACAGCAACAGCCACCACCACAACAGCAAUGCACCUCACCACAAUCUGGAACCAUCACUCCCUCCACCUCUGGCUGUGUGCGAGAAAGACCAAACCCUAAGAACCACUGCGACUCCUAUAAUGCAUACUGGGAUGAGGUGCCUAACAUCCAUACCUCCACAAUUCAAAGAAAGUCCCCAAAAGAACCCAAAGGAGAUCCCCCUUCAUACCCACAACCCCCACCCCCUCCACCUGCCAUUCAGCACCCCCCUGACCCCACAGACAAGAGCAAGACCAUGGCUGCCACCUUUUCUUAUAAGACAGACACACUAACCAAGAAGAAGGAGGGCAGUGGUGGGGGCAGCAGCGAGAGGCAGUCUAAGAAGUUUGGCCUAAAGCUGUUCCGUUUGAGCUUCAAAAAGGACAAGACCAAACAGCUAGCCAUCUUUUCAGCACAGUUUCCUCCAGAGGAGUGGCCCCUGAGGGAUGAGGACAUGCCUUCAUCUGCAGCCAUACCUCGUGAGGUGGAGAUGGAAAUUAUCCGCCGUAUCAAUCCAGACCUGACAGUGGAGAACGUGGCCCGUCAUACUGCUGUCAUGAAGCGGCUGGAAGAGGAACGUGCUCAGCGCAACAAGGCCAGCUCAUCUGCACAGCACAGCGCCCGCAGUCGUCGCAGCCGAGGCCACCGGCGUGUGCCACACGGGAAGUCGCGUUCUCACAGCAAGACACGGGCUUCUCGAGGAGACCCCUCGGAGGGCUCUAAUCUAGACGUGCCUGCAGUAGGCUUGGAGAGGGACUACCGUUUUUUCAGUCACUCACUGGUACGCUCACCGAGAGAGGGAAUGUACACGGUGGAACGCAGAAGUGGUGGUGCCUACCUUGUCCACAGCAACCCCAACAUUGCUGAGUCACACUUUCCUGUUACCCCAGAGUGGGAUGUAUCAGGGGAGCUUGCAAAGAGGCGGACAGAGAUGCCUUUCCCUGAGCCUUCACGUGGGACAUCACAUUCAAGGGUGCACCGUAGCCACAGCCACACGCAGGACCGCAAGUCACGCAACGAGCGGCCUGAUAAGGCUAAAGAGCGAUCACGUUCUAUGGACAACUCCAAGGGCCCACUGGGAGGUGGAAGCUCUACUCUUGGCACAACUGAGGAUUAUGACCACAGUCCUGACGACAGAAGCCGUUAUUAUACUGAUGACGGGACACUGAGGGCCUCCUCACAAAAGGUCCCACACUACUCAUGCAUCAUGUUUUCUGCUGCCAAGUUCAGCUCGGAAAUGUCUGUACCUGAUAUGGGCAAAUUGAGUCUGGAUGAAUCAAGGCUCUGUAGCCCUCUCAAACGGAACAAGAGCAGGGAUAGCCUGCCAGCCUACAGUGACCUGAAGGCCCUGUCGCCAAAGCCUUUGGCUGAUGACUACUUCCAGUGCAAUACAUCGAAUGAAACAAUCCUUACUGCCCCACUGACUCUGGGCAAAUCCGACCAUGACACUUUAACCCCAUCUGACGGAAUCCACAAGGGCUCUCCUGCUGACCGGCAGACACCACACCUCCCCUCUCCGCACCCCAUGGAGUACAAAGAGGACUCCUCCACCUCCAAGGGGCACAAUGGUUCUGGCAAACCCAUACCAAGCCAGACACCUGAACCUAUGUCCAAUGGACGUUUGAUACAACAUCAACACAGCACUAACCCAGGGGGCGGGGGAGGUGGUGGUAGCGCUGGUGGCGGGGUGGACAAGAGGAAAGAGAUUUUCAGCAAGGACACUUUGUUCAAACCUCCACACAAUGUUUUGACUGUGAGCUAUGUGGACAGUGGCUACUCAAAGUCAGGCACUUUGCGCAAAACUCCGCAUAUGAAAUCAUCCGAUACUCUAGAGACCCAACAGCCACCCAAUUCCACCCCUUUGUCUGCUUCUGCACCAGCACCUACAGGCACAGAACAGGGUGCUCCCUCAACAUCUGAGGCUGCUUUUGACUAUUACAACGUGUCCGAUGAUGAUGAGGAGGUGGAGGAAUCCUCCCGCAAAGAGGCAACCCCGACUGAGGCAAAGGGGCGGGCAGGGGGUGGAGAGGGUGGCGGAGGCGGAGGAGGGACCAUGCAGUGGUUGCUAGAACGAGAGAAAGAGCGAGAUCUACAGAGAAAGUUUGAAAACAACUUGACUCUGCUUAGCCCUAAGGAGGGUGAAAAUAAUAACAGCCAAAAGUCGGCUCACUCAGCACGGCUGGACAGCAUGGACAGCAGUAGUGUGACAGUAGACAGUGGGUUUAACUCCCCUCGCACACGGGAGAGCCUUGCAUCCAACACCUCAAGCAUAGUGGAGAGCAACCGGCGACAGAAUCCGGCCCUAAGUCCAGGCCACAUGGGUACCACCAGCAUCGGUCCCCCAUUCAGCUUCCGUGCAAUCCCAGAGCCCCCUACCACGCAACCUGAGAAACUGCAGAAAUCUCCCAACUGCCUUGCCUCCAUCACCAGCGUCUGACAUGGGCCCACCUGGGGUGACAUAGGGUCAGGGUGAUCUGCAACAUUGGGGUGCCUCAGUGCAGGAGGUUGGGUGAUUCCUUCCGUCUUGCACCUCGACUACAUGGGGACUGUUAAACCAACAGGCAUGGCUUCCAGAGACUGUUCUCACAGCAUACAAGAAGGUCACAGGAAAAAAGAGAAAAAACAAUUGGGGAAAAAAUCAAAAAGGAAAUUUCUCAUCAUAGGAUUUACCUUAACAAGCAAUUAAUCAGGAAAUUCUCCUGUUGGAAUCAGCCGUUGUGUUCAAAAUAGUCUUGAAGUAACUGGUAAUUUGACAGUGUUUUAUUUUCAGCAGUAUUUUUUGUCAUUCAGAUUAGAGAUCAUUCUGCCAAUGGGUUAAGCUUGCACGCAUUAAGAAAUAGAUGCUGAUGUGCAGGUCUAAAGUACUAAAGAUGAAGAUUUGUGAUAUUGGUGCACAGUUUAAAAAAAAUUAGGAAUAAUUAAAUUCAUGAUUCAUAAAGUUGUAUAGUAUUCCAAAAAAUAAACCCAUUUGUCAUGACACUAUUAGCUACAUUGGCAAAACAAUAGGAAUCAUACUCACAUGCUUAUUAAAAACAAUACGUAGACUGAAUUAGUGAAAAAAGGAUCUCGUUCUGAAAUUAAAGGAUUUAUUUAGGAAACAUUACUUUUUUUAACCCAAUUUUAUUGUGCAUACAAGUACUUUGUAUGCAACUUUACAUUAUUUAAUGGAUUUACCUGUUUCAUUAAAGUUUAUAUCCAUAUUAAUCUCAGGUCAUGAAUAGUUACUCUCCUAAGAAGAGGUAAAAACAUCAGUCAGUCUGGAAUCAAGUUUCUCUGGAUCGCUUUGUUUAUUACUGGAAUAAAACAUGCUCUUGGUAGACAAAAAUGUAAAUUAUUUCAAUUUAAUCAUGCUUAUGCAUAAGUUUAAUUCAAUGUAUAGGUUAUUUUGUAUUAUUUUAUUCCCUUUAGAAAUGAAAAUCAAAAACAGGUGUACGUUUUAUGCCGGUGUGAAUCAGUUGCCUAGUCUCAUGGACCAGGACACUUGUCAAUGUCAUUGUUGGUUUGGAAACAUGCUUGUCUUGUGUGUAGCUUGAUGGUUCUAUUUGUUGUUGUGAGAGGGAGAGGAUGUUGGGAAACGCAAUGGCGGGAACACGGGUGCUGUGUUCGUAACAUCUGUAUGCUCCAUGGAAAGGUCAUAAAGUUCUCUUCCUUUGGGCCAGUGAGAUUCAGAGACUCUGCCCUUUUGCUGCUGUGAUAAAACCUUUAUUUUCUAAUAUUUUCUUACUUGAGUUGAAUCCAAACCACAGUGAUAUUUUAUUUUCAACUGUUUUUUUUGUUUUGUUUUUUUGCAUGGGAAUUGAGCUGUUUUUGAACAUUACACAAACCAUGUCCCUGAAAGUAUGGUCGACAGCUGAUCUGGUUUCAAAUUUUACCACAGCCAACACAUUUUAUGUAUAUUCACAAUCUUCUCAUGUUUUCAAUAAAUAUUUGUUUACGGUUGGAACAGAUGAUUCAGUGAAAGUAUGUACAAAAAAUUUGCUCCACUGUUAUUUAUCAUUCCUUUUAAAUGUCAGAGACCAAUAUGGAUUACAUUACAUUUUGACCUGCCUUGUGGUAUAUAACGCUCAGAUCCAUGAGCAAAGGCCCAUUUUCCAAGAUUGAAUUAAACAUUAAAAUAUUUGCUUUAAACAUUUGGACUAUGGCUUUAACUGUUUGACAUGUUAUCUCAAGAGUGCACCCGUCCUAAUGGUCUUUUCCCUACUGGCAGUGACUCUGUGAGAAUUGGGAAAGAGAGCAGAGCUCGUGUCACAUCCAUUGGUGCUAUUAUGUGGUGAUUCUCCCUUUUUUACAUUUUGUUUAUUUGCUCAUGUCCUCCACAGUCUCAUUGCUUUUUGAUGAGUGUACAGGUGGAUAUGCUCCAGUGGGACUUCUUGUUGUGUUUAAAAUCAAAGACGUUCACCACUUUCAGCUCGCUCCCUCUCACUCCAGUAUUAUCCACAUACACACACACACACACACACACACACACACCUGCAAUCAGCCAUGCAAACUACCCUAAACCCCACAUACAUGCACAUAACUAGCUACCUCCACCACCUGUGUAACAACAAGGUAGGGACGUGUACAGAUUUGGAUUCUUUGCCUGUGGAACACAGCGCUAUCAGCCUCUUCUCUGUGAAUGUUGACAAGGAGUGGCGGACAUUGUAACUAAGAGGACUUAUUCUAAAAUAAUCAGUAUUAAGUGCUGUAGUUUCAACUCAAUUUUCACGUUUUUUGACAGAAGUGUCUUUUACUUAUCUGCAAGUUGUGUAUAAAUCUGACAAGCACUACAUCAGCAAAACAUUGCAAUUUUAUUUCCUCCCUCCAGUUUGUGUACGUAGCCAUUUUUAGUUCUCUGCUGUCCUCUUUACAUGAAAAUCUGUUUAUCUAGUUCAUGACUUCAAGCUCAGUGAGGAUCAAUUCUAGUUUGUUGAAAAUGCAUCUAGACUUAAGCUAUAUUCUAGAUAAUAUGAGAUAGAAAUAAGCACCUCAACUGAUUUCAAAAUGGAUCACAUAGGCUUACCUUGUCAGGCUUUCUUGUAUCCAACAAACUUAGUCCAAAUCGAAAAUAGUUCCACCACAGUGUGAACUACAAAGAUGACCUUCUACCUGUUGGCAAUACUGAUUGCAAUAGUAUUGUGUUCAGUUUCCCAUCUAAUAAUUGAUAGGUCAGUGGUUAGGGUCCAAGCAGCCUCUUAAACCCUGUAGUUGGAGGUGGGAUGAAGAUUGUGUGAAAGACAAGAGCCUCAGAUGAUUCAAUGGUAAUUGUAUAUCAUUCCUAGACAUCAUAAAUGUACACCUGAGAUUUACAUUAGACAGAGUAAGCACUCCAUAACAUUUCAGCACUAUAAAAAUAUACUUUCUUAAUUCAUUGCGAUAGAGCUUUACUUAUAAUCCCUAACCCUAGUUUAUUGAAGUAUACCCCUCUCAAAAUCACUUUAGUGUUUGAAUGGUUUCUGAUUGACUUCAAUACAAAAAACAAGACCUAUAUUUGGCAAGGCUCUGUCAAAGGAUGCAUUUUGGUUUUCUGUCACAUUUUGUGAAUUUUAGUUUUUAUUUUAACCCCCUCCACCAUCUGGGAAUCAUAUUUUUCUCUUUCUUUUUUUUUCUUGCUUUAGUUUUUGAUAGAUAAAGGGAGUAAUGCAGCCAAGACUGCCUUGUAAAAAAACAAAAACAUGUUUGCACUUAAAUGCCUGGCCUCUGGUUGCUGUUUAGUCCAUCCAAGACGGAUGCUUUGUUUAUAUUGUAAAAUAUUUCAUAUGAAAUAAAAAUGACCAUGAAAUGUCUUCCCUUAAACAUUAUGGAUUUUAGAACCACGUCAGACAACAUUGUUUCUAAAUGGUGACAGUGUACAGUAUCAUACUGUAAAUGAAAUCAAUCUACCAUGCUUAGUAUAACUUUAAAAAAAACCUGAAAGUUAUGAGGGAUCUUUUUGUAAUGUCUAUAAUAUUUGAAAAGAAGUCCCUAUUUGUGUAGUAUGGUGUUUCAUCGUUGUGGUAGUGUAUGUGAUAAACCCAGUUGGGAGAUUGUGUUACUUUUUAAGACAAUAAAAUAACAUGUUUCGUUA